GCUCGCGGUGCGCGGCAGCCGGCUCCAAGACCCACGGGACAGUGUUGUGAUUUUUUUUAACAAGAUCUAUUUUGCCUACUGCGGUUAGUCGUUAAUUUCGCACUCACUGGCUGAAAAGUGAGAAAGAGUGCUGCAGAUUGUGACCCAGAAAGAGUCAAUAAACAAUUAGCCAACCGCCGACUGCGAGGAGAAUCGCGUGUGUAUACCGACGUGUUUGACAGAUUGCAAAAAGCGACGUCGGCGGCCACUUCCCUUGCACGCCGCUGCACCCGCCAUUAUGGCCGCCUGGCCGCCUCAGGCCCGCAACAACACAGAAUGCUGCCCGUUCACGUUCUCAAAGGCGAUGCGGUGGUUCCGUCGAGGUUCAGAGGCCACCAACUCGCCACGCCUGCUGAGCCUGAGCCCCCUGAGGGGCACUCAGGACCCCGCCCUUGACGACCCUGCCAAGAUCCAGCCAGUUGAAUUUUCCGCCGCGACAUGGCGACGUCCAGAAGUGGUGGCGUCGCGGGAGCGGCCACACACGAUCGGCCGCUACUGGAGUCCGAACCGGCGCCGCGUGACCGUGACCGAGAAGCGCAACCCUCUGCUGGAGCGCGUGAAAAGUACGCGUCUCUCGUGCUUCUCGUCGACCGACCUGUGUCCCGAGUGCCUCGAGCAGCCCGGCACCAAAGAGCCCGCUGACCCCGUUGACCCGGGUCUGUCCGCUCGCCUCAGGGCCAUGUCGGACAAGUGCCUCAAGGGCGGCGGACAGAUGUCACGGCGGCUGCUCGCCAGACUCAGGAACACCGAGGGCAAACGCUCCAAGCUGCGCAGCUUCUCUUACGGGGUGCUGCCCGGCACCGCCACUGGCGCCGACCUCGACGAUGCUGACGACGACAAGCUGGACAUCCGCAGGUGGCCUGACUGCAGGCAGUGCGUCGAGGAACACCGCGGACGCAGGGCCGUCAGCGCGGAAAGAGCACAGGCGUGGGAUGAUGAACUGAUCGACCUGCGACGGCCCGAUUCAGCGCCGGCGCCACCUCCGCCGCCCCCGCGGGCCGAGGGCCGGUGGGAGGUGCACGUGGUGCGCCUGGAGCGACGCGGUGACGAGGAGCUCGGCGUCUUCAUUGCAAAGCGCCGCCGCGGCGCCGCCUGGGGCUUCUUGGUGGCGCACGUGGCGCCGCGGAGUCUCGCCGACAACGCCGGCCUGCGCAUCGGCGACGAGGUCGUCAACGUCAAUGGCCGGCGUCUCCGCGGACUGGACGUUGCUGAAGCUCGAGACACGCUCAGGUGCAGCCCACGCGUAGUGGAACUCGUGGUGGCGCGGCAGGCGGCGUCGUCGCGCGGCGGCGCCGACGAGACGAGCGUCGACUACGAGAACCUCGGUAGCGACUCUGGCGUGGAGAGCGCGACGCCGCGCAAGGCACGUCGCUUCCAGAAGAAGCGGCUCAGCGUGGCGCCACCCGAGGAGUCGGCGCCGUUCUGCACACUGCCGCGCCGGCCGCGCUCCACGCUCUGCUCCUACCUGACCAUCGUGUUCGAGAAGGGCCCCGGCAAGAAGGGCCUCGGCUUCACCAUCGUCGGUGGCAGGGACUCGCCCAGAGGCGCUCUUGGCAUCUUCGUCAAGAGCAUUUUGCCCUCUGGACAGGCAAUCGAUGACGGAAGACUUAGAGAAGGUGAUGAAAUUCUGGCCGUUAAUGGAGAGCCAUGUCAUGAACUUGAACACUCGGAGGCUGUUGCCCUCUUUAAAAGCAUCAAAUCCGGUCCAGUUGCCCUUCACAUUAGCAGAAGAUCCAAACAGAGUGCUACCUUGAGGGCGAAAUCGUGUACAGACCUACUAUCUGAGGAGUAAAAUUAAUAGGAAAAUCUCCUCCUCUACCAAUAUAGUCAAAGUAUCUGCUCAAGCUAGGCAUGUAAAUUUUGUACCAUAAUAUAUUAUACAAAAAUUGUGAAUAAUAACUCAAAGAAUAUUUA